AUGUUACCGAAGGCGCGGCGUACAGUGGCCAUGAACGAGCGGAAGGCGUAUAAGAAACUCAAGUGGGAGGGGGCGACGCCGGAGGAGAAGGAGGAGGUGCUACAGCAGAUCGAGGAACUUCACGCCGAGGAGAUGGAGAACUUUGAGAAGGGUAUAUCGCGCAAGCCGUCCUCUCCUCAAGAAGCUGCAGAGUACGUCAAAGAGGCCGAGUCAGUUCUGGCGCGCGCUGCCCAAGUCAUCGCGGAAAGCUCCUGUGGUGCCGUUCUCGUAUUCUUCGCGGCACCGCGCGAACUGCCAGACGGUAAGGUGGAGAUGGAGGUCUCGACAUGCGAGUAUGCGAGCAUACCCGGGACCGUAGGACGCCGGUCACUGCGAUACACCGACAUCGACUACAAAGCUGUAUACGAGAUGGGCUCGCGCUUCGGCAAAUCUGGCCAGAAGGUCUUUGACGCCAACUGGAGUGCCGAGCUCAUACGGCGCGAGGCCAUACGCGACGAUCUCACUCAGCGUGAGCUGAUAAAAAGUGGGAUCGUCGACGACGGAGAGGCCCUUCCAGCCACGCAGAAGGCGUCUAGCGCUAUGGAUGUCACGGCGGCGGCGGUACUAUCCUCGACACCUCAUACAUCCGUUCGCUUUGACGAUGCCUCUGCUACGAUGCCGAUCUCCUCCGCAAAGGCAUCGGCGCCAGCAUCUCUACCCGCUACCGCCAACACUACGUUGCCUGGGCCUGUUGCACCAUCACUUCCGGCGAACCCUGGUACGACUGCUGUAGUAGCGGGUAUCGCCGCCGACAUUCCGCCAACUGCUGGGCCGCAAACCGCGCGGGACAGCUCCGUGCCUCUGCAGCGAAAGCGCCUAUUGAAGAAGCAACGCAACACAAGCGAGUCUGGAGAGUCUGGCGACGAGGGCGAUUCGGAGGAGGGAGCGGACGACGCACCGCGCAAGCGUAAAUACACGAAGUCGCGCUUCACUUCGCCGACGACUUCUGACGAAAGCUCGGAUGAGGGACUUCAGGCGCCUUUCACUCAGCGUCCCUUCAGCCCAGCCGUGCCGCCGAUGGAUACUGUGCCUCAAGACGAAACUGGACCGACUGGAGCCACGACGUCGCCACCUACGCCCGUUACAGCGCCGCAUCUGGCAGCAGUUCAGCCGGGUGCUAUUACUACGCAUGGACCGAACCUGACGCUCGAUGCCAGUGCACUCGACACGUCCUCGGGCAGUAAGAGGGCCUCGGCUAUCACCGGCGAGAUUCAUCCGUCGUCAAGGACGUCACCCGACCAAAUCAUCACAGCGCCGAUACCCGCGCCUGAGACCAUCACACCCAGCGCGUACUCGAGCACCGAAGGGGUCUCAGCCAUCACUCGCGAGGUCCCUGCGAGCGAUGAAGGGUCGUCGGGCGAACGCUCGUCGAGGCCGCCACCCGACGAGAUCAUCACGCCACCCUCGCCACCCGUUCAUAUCACCCCGCUUCCGGUACCGUCAACACUGUCACCACCUCCGCCGGAAGCACAGGAUGCUCUAAUGCCCAUAUCGGUGGUGCCAAAGCCGUUGGUGCCCGCAGCACUCACAUCCGCGUCGUGCGCUAGUAGAUGCGCGCAAGGCCAUCCAGAUUACAGUCCUUCUCCCGGUACGUUCUCGCACUGUGUGUUGCAUUACCUUUUGCUGAGACUACAGGGUGACGCCUUCACUAACCUGGUCGUCUCGUGUAUGGCGCAGUUAGCCGAGGUUGACGCCGAAGGCAUGUACGGCAAACGGUCCGGGUGGUACAAGUUUCUCGCCGAGGCUGCGCAACGGCUGUCGCAAUGGUCGGUGAAUGGCCAAAUCGCUCAACUGCUACUGCUGAAGUACCUCGACUACGAGGCGGCGCAUCCUGUCAUCGCAACUUCGGCUUUCUCGGGAUGGCGCGAAUUCGGGCUCAACGGCGGAGGGACAGCGACGCGUCCUGUGUGGCUCCGCAAGCACUUCGGCCAAAGCUACCAAGCGCGCUUGUAUAGCGUAGCGUCUCGCGGGGCUGAUGUCGGAUCCCCCCCUGAUGGACUGGGAUUUUCCCACCGCCCUCACACUGCAGUGGUCGCAUAUCCAGCCGGACGCGAGGCGCAAUGGGGCCGGGGAGAUAAUCGCAUCCCCGACAAGUGCCCCACCCUGAACUCCGGGCACCUCCGGUCUCUCUGCGGUCUUCGCAAUCUGCCCGCCUCGCACCCGUUGCUCGGCGAGGGCGAGAACUAUUGGAAGGGUCCAGUUCGAGUGCAGAUGAACUGCCUCGCUUUGCGCCCGCUUCAUACUACGUAUGCUGCGAAAGAGGGCCAGUAUCAAGCGGAGGCGACGGCUGUCUACGAUGAAGCGAACGAAAAUAUCAUCCAGAACAUGCAUAAGAAGUAUGAGCGGACGGGGUACAUCUGA